UCGGUUAUUUUUAUAUCAGCGGCACAACAAACUAUGGAGUUGAACUGGGAAGUUGUUUUUUGCGUGGGCAUUGCGGUAUUAAUACAUAUUCUGAUAAUAAUAUUUGUCAUGGGCAAGCGGCCAAAGAGCAUUGUGGGCCGUCACGUGGUAAUCACCGGCGGAUCCAAGGGCAUCGGCCUCUGCCUGGCCGUCGAGUGUGCUAUGAAAGGAGCCAAUGUCACAGUCAUCGCCCGCGACGAGAAAACGUUGAGUGGUGCUGUGGCUUUAAUGGAGGUCGUCCGCCAGCGACCGGAUCAAAAAUUCCAAUAUCGCAGCUUGGACAUUGGCGGCGACUAUGAUAAAGUGGCCAGCGUACUAAGCGAGUUGGAGGAGAGCACGGGCAACAUCUAUGCGCUGAUCAAUUGUGCCGGCAUGGCAAUAUGCGGGGUGUUCGAGGAAGUGGCUGUGGCGGAUGUGCAUAAACUGAUGAACGUGAACUUCUUUGGCAGCUACAAUUGCACACGCUAUGUGCUGCCCAAAAUGAAAAAAGCUGGCGAGGGCAUCAUUGUGCUAACCUCCUCGCAGGCAGCCAUGUUUGGCAUCUACGGUUAUGGUCCCUAUUCCGCCAGCAAAUACGCGCUGCGCGCCAUGGCGGAAACAAUUGCAAUGGAGUCACGCGUCCAUGGCGUUUCUGUUACGUUAGCUCUGCCCUGCGACACGAAUACGCCGGGAUUUGAGGAAGAGGAGAAGUCAAAGCCACGCGAAACAAAAAUUAUUUCCGGUGGAGGCGGACUUCUGGAGCCUGAGGUUAUGGCCAAGGCCAUACUCAAGGAUGCACUACGAGGCAACUUUAUAUCCACGGUGGGAGCUGAGAGUUGGCUGAUUACAAUGCUGGCUGGCGGCUUGUUGCCUUGGGAUGGUUUCUUCACGAAUCUGCUGCACGCUUUUGUCAUUGGACCAGUGCGUCUUUUCGGCUAUGGCCUGCACAAGUACUUCAACAGCAUUAUUCGCAAAUGCGCCAGAGAGGACGCUGCUAAGAAAACAGAUGUGAAGGAAGCGGAUAAUGCGAAAGGCGAAACUCAUUGAAAACCUGAGGAAGAACCUAUUGACUAGCUGUGUCUUAUAUUCCAUGCUAAGCAGUACAAAUUCAAA